UAAUUAGGUGUCCGCACCUAAUAAUUGCUAGAAGAUAAGGCCGUUCCAUCACUAAUUAAUUUAAUGUGAGAGAGAGACAAAGGGAGAGUGAGAGAAAGAGAGGUUAGGGGGAGUUGCAGGCCUGAGCCUUUAGCUCUUCAGUCAUUACUAUUCCUAUCUUCACUGACCUACUGCACAGCAAGCGUUCAAUAAUGGCUUCUUUAAGCAACCAGUUUCGUCCUACAAACUUGAGGAUGAGGAUUCGACGAACCAAUCCAUCCAUUUCUUGCUCAAAACAGCCACCUCAGAACAACAUCAAGGUCGUGAUCAAUAGUGCGACUAAGAACAUCGGUAGGGCUGCCAUUGCAGCUGUAACCAGAGCCAGAGGAACGGAGAUAUCUGGAGCUGUGGACAAGUUAUUAAUAGGAGAAGAUGCAGGAAAGGUGAGUGGUAUGGAUGAGCCAUUGGAAGUUCCAAUUCUAAAUGAUCUGACCAUGGUAUUAGGGUCGAUUUCACAGUCAAAGGCAACAGGUGAGGUUGUAGAUUUUACCGAACCCUCUACAGUUUUUGACAAUGUUAAGCAGGCAACAGCUUUUGGCUUAAGAAGCAUGGUUCAUGUGCCUAAGCUUGAGCUAGAGAUGGUCUCAGCACCAUCUGCGUUCUGUGAAAAGGCAAGCAUGGGUUGUCUUGUUGCUCUUACACUCUCUGUUGGUUCUGUGCUCUUCCAGCAAGCUGCAAUUUCAGCUUCUUUCCAUUACAGUAAUGUGGAGAUUGUUGAAUCCAGGCCUACUCCAUCUAACUUGAUAUAUGGCUUGGAGAAGUUCUUGUAGCGAGCAAAUAUCACUUCAAAAAUCCAAAAAACGUUAUUAAUAUCACCAUUUUGAAGUGGGCAAAGACCGACUACAGCACUGAAGAUGAUAAUCAGCAGCUGCCUGAUUCAGAAUCUUAAUGACGAUCAUUGCUUGUUUCCUGACUGUAUUGUUGCAUCAGAUAAGUAACUAGUAAAUUUGUUCUGAUUUACUUGUAUGGGGCUUUCAGUUGUUGAGUUUAAUCAGAGUUUAUGUACCCCUUGUUGAGCCCAAUUUUCACUCCCCGUACAUUUGUCUCACAACAGAUUUCCGUUCAAGGCUAAAAUGUCACAGGUGAAAAUGCUUUUCUUAUUUUUGGGAGAAAUUAUUUUGUGUGGACACCGUACCAUCCAGAGGAGAUCAGAGCACGCCACGUCACCCGAUACACAAUGGGUACACACCCGCGACACACAGCACCUGGGUAACAUGACGCGCUCUGAUUUGCAUC